AACGUUUCAGCAGCAACGCAGAUGUGCUGAAGUGUUUAGGGGAGGAGCAUGAACACAGCUAUAUAACCCCUCUGGACAGAAACCUCAACUUCACUCAGCUGAGAAACGAGGGGGACUGUCUCCGUCAUGUCGUACUAUGAGCAUAUUGUCUUCGACUACGACUUAAACGACACAGGUUCCGGCUCUGGUUCUGGUGAACUGGGGGUGGAUCUGGAGGAGCCAUGCGAGGUGGAACAUGUGAUGACCACUGAGCUUCAGCAGGUCUUCUUGCCAGUGGUGUAUGCGCUCAUCUUCACCCUGGGCAUCACUGGAAACGGCCUGGUCGUCAUCGUGCUGGGCUGCCAACGCAGGUCAAAAUGCAGCCUCACAGACCGGUAUCGCCUCCAUCUCUCAGCUGCUGAUCUCCUCUUUGUUCUGGCGCUGCCAUUCUGGGCCGUGGACGCAGCCUUGGCUGACUGGCGCUUCGGAGCGGCCACCUGUGUCGGUGUGCACGUUAUUUACACAGUCAACCUCUACGGCAGCGUGCUCAUCCUGGCGUUCAUCAGCCUGGACCGAUACUUGGCAGUAGUCCGAGCCACGGAUACCAACACUGGUGGUCUGCGACAGCUGCUGGCACACAGACUGGUGUAUGUAGGUGCCUGGCUGCCUGCUGCCCUGCUGGCAGUGCCUGACUUAAUAUUUGCCAGGACUCAGGAAGGAGGAGAGGGGGCCACCCUUUGCCAGCGUUUCUACCCACAAAACAAUGCUCCUCUCUGGGUUGCAGUCUUCCACCUCCAGCUGGUCCUGGUGGGUUUGGUGAUCCCCGGCCUGGUCCUGCUGGUGUGUUACUGCGUCAUCGUCACCAGGCUGACCCGGGGCCCACUUGGGGGCCAGAGGCAGAAGCGACGAGCAGUCAGGACCACCAUUGCGUUGGUGCUCUGCUUCUUCGUGUGCUGGCUGCCCUAUGGAGCGGGCAUCUCUGUGGAUGCUCUGCUACGCCUGGAUGUCCUGCCUCGCAGCUGCAGCCUGGAGGCCGUUCUAGGCGUGUGGCUGGCCGUGGCUGAGCCCAUGGCGUUCGCACACUGCUGCCUGAACCCGCUGCUGUACGCCUUCCUGGGGGCCGGGUUCAAGAACUCGGCCCGCAGAGCCCUCACUCUGAGCCGGGCCUCCAGUUUGAAGAUUUUACCACGAAGACGAACUGGGGCCUCUACGACCACAGAGUCCGAGUCCUCCAGUUUACAUUCCAGCUAGUGCUGACUUGUGCUGUAGAGUGUGUGUUCUGUAUAUACUGUAUAUAUUGUAUAUAGUGUGUGUGUGUGUGUGUGUGUGUGUGUGUGUGUGUGUGUGUGUGUUUGUCUUUGUGAGGAAGUUUACACAAAGUAUCUGAGAAAGCAAGGAACAGUCUGCUGGCCCAUGACUUCUCCCUCAGUGUGGGGUUUUCUCUUAUAAACAGUGAUUUUAAAAUGUUGUCAUUGCUGCUGUGCUUGUGUUAUUUCAUACAUGUUUGUAAUAAAAUGGUAAACACAA